AUACAAAAUAGAUUCGCUCAAAAUUUGCUUUUGAAAGUCUUCAGCGGAAACUCUGACUGACAUAUUUGCUAACUUUACUUUCGUCGCCUAGGACGCUGGUCUCACGAAAACAAAGCACUAAAGACGAAGAAUUAUAGUUUUCUAGAGGAUAAAGGCGAAGAGUGAGUUACAUUUCGAUUUGAAAAUACUUUUCAGUUGUCGUCUUUAUAAAUUACGAGUUGAGAAAAUGGGCCGCAUCUUCCUGGAUCACAUCGGCGGGAGUCGCCUCUUCUCCUGUGCCAAUUGUGACACUAUUCUGACCAACCGUGCUGAACUCAUCUCAACGCGCUUCACAGGGGCAACUGGCAGAGCUUUCCUCUUUAAUAAGGUUGUGAAUCUGCAGCACAGCGAGGUGCAGGACAGAGUCAUGCUGACAGGAAGACACAUGGUGCGAGACGUCAGCUGCAAGAACUGCAACAGCAAGCUGGGCUGGAUGUACGAGUUUGCCACCGAGGAGAGUCAGCGAUACAAGGAGGGCCGAAUAAUCCUGGAGAGGGCAUUGGUGAGAGAGAGCGAAGGCUUCGAGCACGUUCCGUCCGACACCUCUUGAGUUUCUCUAUCCAUCGGUGUGCUUACAGUCAUGCGGCUUUUUCCUCCAGCAGUAGUACACACCCUUGCAUGGACAGUGAUCUUUUUGUGAGUAGAGCUGCACCAGAAUAAAAUCCUGAUCCGGGUGUUUGUGGGAAAAUCAGAGUUAAGGGUGAACUGUGUUGCUGCUUUUGCCCAUGUCAAAUUUCCUACAGAUUCAUGGCAUGCCCAGUAGGCUGCAGUGUUGUUUAGGUUUCGUGGGGGAUGUGUCAGCUGUUACUCCCAGAUGAGGAGGAUUUCCUCCUAAAUUACCGUAUGAAGCUCAGACAAAAGUCGGGCUGUAAGUUUAACGACCGAAACAGUUAAGAUUAUUGAUGCAUUUUUGCUCCAGUUGCCCUUGUUUAAAGGGUAACAAUUUUUUUUGAGACACAUAUUUUCUAGUUCUUUUCAGUGUAAUUCUUUGCCCAUUUCUUUAUUUAUGCUGUUCUGUUUAUGUUACUAUUUUAACUUAUUGCAAUAAAAUGCAUUUCAGCAAAACAAACAUAA